AGCUCGUCAUGGGUGUUCCAUUUGAGGCCCUGAUUCCUUAUGGAAUCGUCGUUGUUAUGUUCGGUGUGACCGGAGUCGGUCUCUCGGUUGUGAAGACUUAUGCGAAUGACGGCAAGAAGGCGCGGUGGAACAGGGAUCUGUGGGAUAGACAAAUGAUGGAAAGAGACUUGAGACUUACAGGCUCUCUACGAGGUCAAUCGACAAACCCGGAGGCGCCGAAGGGUUUCGAAAUCAACAACCCAUGGAAGGUCGAGAAACGCCUCUACUAGAUUUGCGUUCACUCCCAAUCGUCCCUCUUCACCUACAUCCUUAAAACAAUCCCCUGUCAUAAAUUUGGUCCACGCGGUACAAUUUCUAUUGGUAUUCACCUCAUGCUGUACCAGCGAUGCGAGCCAUUCCCCCUUGAUCCGGCAACUUCUCCAGAGAUCGGACUGGGCAACACGUCAUACAUGUAUGUGCUUUGGUGGAAAUAUCUCUAGAUCUGUUUGUAUCAUACCAU